AUGGCGAUGAGGUAUAUUAAGCUUUCAAAUUGUGGAAUGGCUGCCAGUCAGGGGAGAGAUGCUGAUGAUGUUGAGAUAGCUGCAACAGUUCUCGUUGUUGGGACAAAACGUCGAUGGGGAGGUUCAACACCGGGUCACAAGACAUACAAGCGCGACCGUGAAGGUGCUAACAAAAUAUUGAAUGCUCAAUAUUUUGUUGAACAUCCAAUUUACAACCCAGAUCAUUUCCGCAGGAGGUGUGUUACUGAAGCAGACUCCUACUUCAAACAAAAACGAAAUUGUGCUGGUCAGCGAGGAUUUUCCCCCAUCCACAAAUGCACGAUUGCAAUUAGAAUGCUAGCUUAUGGUAGCAUUGCUGAUUCAUUGGACGAGUAUCUUCAGAUGGGUGAGAGCACUGUAUUGGAGACAUUGAAGUGUUUUGUCAGAACAAUAGUAAAUGUUUUCGGGGAAGAAUGGAUUAGGCCACCAACAGAACUGGAGUUACAGCAUAUACUAAAGGUUAAUGAGGCAAGAGGAUUUCCUGGAAUGGUUGGCAGCAUAGAUUGUAUGCAUUGGGAGUGGUCUAGUUGCCCCACUGCUUUGCACGGGAUGUACAAGGGCCACAAAGGGAAGCCAACUAUGAUUCUAGAGGCUGUGGUGACUGAGGACCUCAGGUUUUGGCAUGCAUACUUUGGAUUACCUGGAUCCCAUAAUGAUAUUAAUGUGCUGCAGCGAUCACCGGUCUUUGAUGAUUUAGCUAAUGGCAGAGCACCUCCGGUUGAGUUCAAUGUGAAUGGCAACAUUUACAAUAUUGGUUAUUACCUAGCUGAUGGGAUAUAUCCAGAUUGGGCUACCUUAAUCAAGACAAUUAGUGCACCCAUAAGUAACAAGCACAAGGUGUAUGCAGAGCGACAAGAGGCAUGUAGGAAGGAUGUGGAGCGUGGUUUCCGUGUUCUUCAGGCUAGGUGGAAGAUUUUGCACUCCCCUGGUAGGUUGUGGCACCAAGAAGAUCUAAAUUAUAUUAUGAGGGCUUGCAUCAUCUUACAUAACAUGAUCAUCAUGGAUGAGAAAGGUGUGGAUCUUCCUACAAUUCAUUCAUCAGAGUGGCCUGGUAGGGAGAACCCUUCUGUCUGUAAUAUUGCAGAUUUUAUAGAUGCUCAAACUUAUAUCCGGAACAAAGAAAUUUGCCACCAUCUUCGUUCUAACCUUGUCGAGCAUAUAUGGGGAUUGUACGGUUCAGGCACUGGACCUUUUGCUCGAAAGGGAAGCAUAUGA